AUGGACCAGUAUUCAUCGUCUAACAUCGAUACUUCUUUAGAUCUCAGUAUUGGUGUUACUCGUAUGCGAGUUGAAGAAGAUUCCACGACAAGUGCUUUGGUGGAUGAAUUAAACCGAGUGAGUGCUGAGAACAAGAAGCUCUCGGAGAUGCUAACUUUGAUGUGUGACAACUACAACGUCUUGAGGAAACAGCUUAUGGAAUAUGUUAACAAGACCGAGGGAGACCAAACCAGUCCUCCCAAGAAACGCAAAUCCCCAGCCAGAGACGACGCAGUUAGCUCUGCGGUCAUCGGUGGAGUGUCGGAGAGUAGCUCUACGGAUCAAGAUGAUCAGUAUCUGUGCAAGAAGAAGCAGAGAGAAGAGACUGUUUUAAAGGAGAAAGUCACAAGGGUUUAUUACAAGACCGAAGCUUCUGACACUACCCUUGUAGUGAAAGAUGGGUAUCAAUGGAGGAAGUAUGGGCAGAAAGUGACUAGAGACAAUCCGUCUCCAAGAGCUUACUUCAAAUGUGCUUGUGCUCCAAGCUGUUGUGUCAAAAAGAAGGUUCAGAGAAGUGUGGAGGAUCAGUCUGUGUUGGUAGCGACUUAUGAGGGUGAACAUAACCAUCCAAUGCCGUCUCUGAUCGAUCCAAACAAUGGCUUAAACCGCUACAUCUCUCUUGGUGGUCACGCUGCACCUGCAGCCAACGGAAGUAUAAGUUUGGCUGAGCCUGUGACUAACGUUGAUUUGACUGAAUCCAAGAAAGUCACUAGCCCAUCAAGAAUGGAUUUUCCAGAAGUUCAGAAACUUUUGGUGGAGCAAAUGGCUUCUUCCUUAACAAAAGAUCCUAACUUCACAGCAGCAUUAGCAGCAGCUGUUACAGGGAGAUUGUAUCAACAGAAUCAGAACGAAAAAUAG